AUGAAACAGAAUGCCGACGUUGACGACGACGGGGAAGAGAGGAUGAAGUCGAAACAGGACGCCCAUCAAAAUGUCCCGGCGAGUGUGGAUAAUUGCACUAGACAAAUCAAAUUGGAUCCAAUUGUUAUUGAUGAACUACUGGAAACAGAAGUUGGACCGAAUGGUUUCUGGCAAUGGUCUCUGGUGUUCAUUGCCGUGUUCACCACAACCGGCGCGGCCACUUUUCCUGUAUUUGCCGAUAGUGUUCCAUUACGACGAUGUUACAUGGGUGAGCGGUGGGAGAUGGCAUUUGUCCAGCACAAUUUCACUUUUGAACAAAUUGGGUUGGUUACUGGUGGCUGGGCACACGGAGAAAAUAUGGAAUCACUCACAGCUGGUUGCCAGCGUUUCACUGGGGACUGGGACAAUCUCACCAUCCCGGUAUUGACUAAUCCGAACCAAUUACUGACCGCCAUUGUGCCUGGUCUGUCCAAUCGCACAGUCCCAUGCUCGAAUGGUUAUGUGUACGCUUAUAUGCCUUUUCAGUACGAUGGUGGUGUGGUCGAAACGUAUCACAUGGUUUGUGAACAGUCUUGGUAUAUACCAAUCGGUACAUCGAUUUUUAUGCUCGGUAUGAUGUUCGGUUAUUUGGUAUGCGGAUUUUGGGGUGCGAGAUUUGGCCUGAAACAUGCGCUCAUAACAUUCUCUCUGACGGAACUGGUCUCUUCUGCUCUCUCAUCCGCUUCGCACGCGUUCUGGUUGUAUACCAUCCUGCGUUUUUUUGUCUCAGUCGGUAGCCAUGGCAAGCUGAGUUCAUUUAAUAUUAUCCUACUGGAAAUGACUACGCCGAAAUAUCGCAGUGUCAUGAAUACAUUGUAUUUACUCGGAUUCAACUGCGUAUCGCGUGGUCUAAUCACCUGGUUCGCAUAUAUGCUUCGUAAUUGGCGUUGGUUGAAUCUGGCUGCGACUAUUCAAUGUGUUUUUUCAUUGGCCUAUUUUUGGCUCAUACCGGAAUCACCACGUUGGUUGCUCGCACAAGAUAGACCGGUGGAUGCACUGGACUUGCUCAAACGUGGUCGAAAGAUCAACCAGCGAUUUCGCUCGAAGCGUGAAGAAUCGGAACGGCUGAAUCGACUAUGGGAACAGUACACACAAGCCAAAUUGCUCACCGACUCCGCUACAGACAAUACAGAAGGUUCAACGGAGCAGGCGACUGUAAAACGGAAACCAAACGAUGUGGUGGCCAUCAUCGGGAAAAUGUUCUCCUCGAAAAAGCGCACCAAGAACACUUUGCUAUCCAUGCUACUGUUCUUUUUGUUCUCAUCCAUCUUUAUCGGACUGAUGUUGUACAUGCGAAUGGUUCGUCAACCGGUCUAUGUGGUCUCACUAAUUCUGGCUGCGGCAGCUCUUCCCGGUGCGGCGAUCGCGAGCACCGCCUACCGGAUUAUGAAGCAUCGACGCCUUCCACUAUUAGUUGUAUUCAUUGCGGUCGGUAUUGUGCUCUGUGCCGGUGGUGUGUACACGUAUUUGGUCCAACCGGAAGGGGAUUUACCAUUGUCUAUUACCCUGGUUCUGUCUGUCAUGUUAAUGGCGACCGCGCAAAGAUUCGGUACCAGCGCCGGAACGGGACGCCUCGGUUCUGCCAUGUCCGCGUAUAUCAAUCAGCUAGACUACACUGUUGCACACGGUACUCCGAUCAUAUUCUAUGCGGGUAUAGCUAUCUUGGGUAUGAUAACAACAUGUUGUUUGGAUGACACCACCGGCAAGGAGGAGGUUGCGUCCGAAGACUCACCACAAGCGGAUGGACAAGUUUCGUAUCUCUAA